AUGUUUGAUGAUACAGCCGAAGAUGCCUCAUCAAGUUGGGUGGAUACACCAGAUGCAUGUAUAUCAGGAUACAACAACAAAAAAAUAUACGAUAUCGAAUCUAUGAAAGAAUGCAAAAGGAAGUGUGAAUCAGAGACAGCAUUUGUAUGCCGGUCCGUUGAUUUCAAUCCAUCGAGAGAGAAUUGUUUUCUCUCAGAGGAAUACUCUGGGACACAAUCGAUAAGCUCACCAUGCCAAACUUCAAAUACUGUGUACUAUGCUGAGAGAUCUCUUACAGACCCUACUACGCCCCCAACUACACAGAAUGAUGGGACUACCGAGUCUACUAUCCAACCAACUACACAGAAUGAUGCGACUACCGAGCCUACUACCCAACCAACUACACAGAAUGAUGCUACCACUGAGCCUACUACGAAAUCAACUACACAAAGUGAUGCGACUACUGAGCGCACUACCCAACCAACUACACAGACUGAUGCUACUACUGAGCCUACUACUAGUCUGGAUGUAGAGCCAGUAGAGCAUUUCCACCUUCACUUAAAAUAUGGCACUUCACAUCCGGACUAUACCAAAUCAACUACACAAAGUGAUGCGACUACUGAGCGCACUACCCAACCAACUACAAACAAUUAUGUGACUACAACUGACCCUUCAACUGUCCUUAUAACAGUAGCAACUACUGAGCCAAGAACCUUUCCUACUGACCUUACACCUGUUCCUACAACUGUAGCGACACCUUGGCCAACAACCGUUCCUACAACACAAGACACUACUGUAGCAAUAACUGAGCUGACUACCCAUCCAGCUACACAUCCACUUUCACUAAGCUAUGCGAUCACUGAGCCUACUACACAACCAUCUACACAAAAUGAUGCGACUACCGAGCCUAAUACCCAACCAACUACACAAAAUGAUGGGACUACCGAGCCUACUACUCAACCAACUACACAGAACUAUACGACUACUUUGCCUACUACCAAACCAACUACACAAAAUAAUGCGACUACCGAUAGCGAGCCUACAACCCAACCAACUACACAGAAUGAUGCUACUACUGAGCUUACUACCCAACCAACUACCCAAGAUAUCUUUGUUGCACCUAAAAAUGGCCCACUAUUUAUAAACGAAAUCAUUAAAGCAAAGCUGGAAUCUGAAGUGUAUAAACCUCCUAAGAAGAAAGAGCUUGUGCCAGUUGAAGCAAAAUAUGCAGCAGUUGUUGGUGUGCCUCCCUGUAUGAUCAUUAUUAUUUCAGUUGGGCUAUUCAUUCUAUCUGAUUUGCCCACGAUAUUUAGGGACAUUGGGAGAGGUUACCCUGCUACGCCCCCCACUACACAAAAUGAUGUAACUACUGAGCACACUACCCAACCAACUACACAACAUGAUGCGACUACCGAGCCUACAACCCAACCAACUACACAAAAUGAUGCGACUACCGAGCCUACAACCCAACCAACUACACAAAAUGAUGCGACUACCGAGCCUACUACUCAACCAUCUACACAAAAUGUUGUGACUACUCAGCCUACUACCCAACCAACUACACAAAAUGAUGCGACUACCGAGCCUACUACCAAACCAACUACACAAAAUGAUGCGACUACCGAGCCUACUACCCAACAAACUACAAAAAAUGAUGUGACUACCGAGCCAACUACCCAACCAACUACACAAGAUAUCUUUGUUGCACCUAAGAACCGCCCAUUAUUUAUCAACGAAAUCAUAAAAGCAAAACUCGAGUCCGAAGUGUAUAAACCUCCUAAGAAGAAAGAGCUUGUACCAGUCGAAGCAAAAUAUGCAGCGGUUGUUGGUGUGCCUCCCUGUAUGAUCAUUAUUAUUUCCGUUGUGCUAUUUGUUCUAUCUGAUUUGCCCACAAUAUUUAGGGACAUUAGGAGAGGUUGUAGGUACACCAAAAGUUCUGUUCUGUUUUUGACUGGUAGGUAUCCGCAAGGACAGGCAUAG